UCUGACCGGAGAGGCGAUUUCUGUGCAGAUGAAGUUGUUUCAAGGAGACGGCUCCUCCGAUCUCAGCAGGAAGGGUUCCGUUGAGAAGAUUACUACUGAGAUCAAGAAUCUCAGCGGCUUUUAGUGCUCCGAUGGCGGUGGGGAUGGAACCGAAGAGAGAGUUGGUGGAGAUGUUGAGGUGCACCAAACUUGUGAGGAUCCAGAUGUUAGACGGUAACUCACCGGAAAAGCUGUUUGAAGAGAGAUCGAGGACCCGGAGAGCUGGAAGGAAGGCAACGAGGGUGUCGUUCCCUGAUCUUUUGUGGAGACUAAAUCUGGAAAGCGAAGAAGAACUUUGGGUGAACAUCCACUUAAGCACAUCUCUGGUGAAUGAGUUCUUGCUGACAUCAAUGGAGAUCAAGUUGGAGCAGUUGGAGAUGGUCUGCGGGAGCUCCCCAGCGAGCAUGUUAGAGGAUAGGUUGAGUUCCUUGAGAAACUCGAGAUUCCCGAGGGACAAGGGGACAUUGCCGGAGAAGUUGUUCCCAGAGAGAUCAAGAGUCUCGAGGGUCGCAACGUCGCCGAUCCAAUCAGGGAUAUCUCCGGCCAGAGAGUUACCUCGCAGUCGGAUAGAGGUGCAAGAGGAGCUGAUCGUUUUCAUAGAAUCCGGAAGAUUCCCAGACAAGUAGUUGUCACUGAAAUCAAGCGACUUUAGGGAAGGGCAGCGUCCGAUGAUGUCGGAAGGAAGGUGACCGGAGAACCAGUUUCUGGAGAAGUUGAUAAGGCGGAGAUCGUAGAGACCGGAGAGACCGUCGGGGAUGUCUCCCUGGAGGAAAUUGUCAGAGAAAUCAAGAGACUUUAAGCUCUUGAGGGACCUCCACAUAUCACGAGGUAGUCUCCCAGAAAGCUGAUUGCUUGAGAGGUUGAGAUGGGUGAGAGUAGAACAGUAGGUUAGGGAGAGAGGGAGGGGACCGGUGAGUUUGUUGUUGGCGAAAGAGACGGAGCUCAAGGACCCGCAUUGCUCGAAGAACCCCUCUGGGAUCCGACCCGAGAGAUGGUUCCCGCUAAAGUCGACGACUUGGAG